GUCAUCAAAAAUUUCUCAGAUCAAGUCAAGUCUAGUAAAAAAUAACCUGACUUGACCAGACUUCUACUUAGAUUUUGCUCUAACGUUCCCAGUUUGUAGAGAACACUUCGAAAUAUAUGUCCUGAAGUUUUUUCGGCUUACUGACAUUAUGUGGCUAAGAAAAAAAUUAAUUACUUAAAAAAAUAUUGUUAAAUUUUUCAACCAGGGACUACUAUCAAAAAAAUUCCUGUCCAUUCUACAUUCAUCACAAAGACUUGGUUGCUGCCUAGAUCGACAGAGAAAUGCGUGGAGAAUAUUUUCUACGGAAAAUAUGCAAAAACUUUUUGUUCUUUCCUUCCUGUUAUUGACUAAUUAGUACUAAUUAACGUUAUUUUAACACAUUCACGGAGGACUUGGGUAAGUUAUCGCAGCCAGGUGGAGAAUUAUGGAUGAUUGAAGUAAGCAACGGCGGAUUAAUCACUUUCGCUGGUGGUGUUCCGAUCAUGAAUAGUAAUGGUACUGGGAUUGGCGCAGUCGGUGUAUCAGGUAGUUCAGAUGCCUACGAUAAGAAAGUCGCUGUUGCUGGGGCUGCUGCUCCUGCUGUCUAGUGAGUACGUCAGAACAAGAGAAAUAACAACAAAGGAUAUUCGAUAUAAGGCACAUUGAAAGUUUCUAAUAUCGAAAGACCUUCGUUUCAACGGAAAGAUUUAUUUUUUGUUUUUCAUUAACCUCAUUUUUGAUUUUUUGUUUAUUGUCUCAUUGUUGUUUUAAAAAAUAAGUUAAACAUUUUAUUUACUCAGAGCACUAGGUAGCCCAGUGUGAAAAACUCACAAGAAGUUCAAAUCGACAUUUUAUACUGAAAUGUUAUUUUCGUUUUAUUACAAUUUUAAACUUAUACAGUAGCUUUUUGGAUUUCAAAAUGUAAAACAUAUCGUUGUCGAAUAUAACGGGUGAUGUAAAAGAUCCUGCACAAAUGUCGAGCGCUAUUUUUACAUAAUUCUAAUGUUCUGCAGGCUUCGUCUUUCUUUAUUUUAAAAAGCAAAGUCUAAAGUAUCCAACGCACAUUAAAAAACAAAGUUUUCUAUCAUAAACAGCAUGCCUGGGUACGAAGAAAGGAAAAGACAAAGAAAUCAUGAUAAAUAAAUGUCGUGAUUAUUAUCGUCGUGAUGAAGUAGAAUUAAAAAAAAAUUGAAGAAUUUUAUCAAGCAUAUACUUCAUCAGAGGCAAUUGACUGGUAUACAAGAGACAGUUUUGUCUAUCGUUUACUCAAUCGAACAUUUCGUACAGAAGACAUUGCUUUGUGGUAUUUAUUUUCUUUCUUCGUCACUGAUCUUAGUACACAGAUACCAAAAGUGCAUAAACAACAAAAUAUUAAGGAGCGUUUACUAUUGUAUCGCGGACAGAGCCAUAUGCCUACUGAAGAACUACAGAAAAUAAAACAAAACAUUGGCGAAAUAAUUGCGACAGAUUGAUUUUUCUCCACAUCAAAAUCCGAGUCGAUAGCCUUACAAUUUGUGUUGGAAGCGCAAAAUAUAGAUGAUUUCAAAGUUGUACUCUGUGAACUUGAAGUUGAGCCGCAAAAAGUUACAAACGUAGUAUUUGCUGAUCUUGAUCGGUCUUGUAAACAUGCAGAAUUAGAAGUUUUAUUUACUAUCGGAACGGUUUUCGAGAUUCGAGAUGUAACGGACGAAACGAUGCGUUGGUGUGAUGAUGAAAUACGUUUGGCCAGAAUAAAAAUCGCCGCUACAGAUAAAGAAACGAUUUUCGCUCAACGACAAGGUGUAAUAUUAGGUAAUAUACUCAAAAGUGGGAACAUCGAUCUUCAAUAUGGACGUCUUCUGAUCGAUAUGGACCAGUAUGAAAAAGCUGAAUCCUAUUUUCAAAUGAUGUUACAUGUUCUCACGAAAACACAUCCAAAUGUCACUUUUAUUUACGAUCAUCUCGGUGAUUUAUAUAUGCGUAUAACGAGUUGGAAUGAUGCUCUUAAAAAUUUUAAUUUUGCUUAUCGAAUAAAAAAGAAUAAUUUCCCAUUGAAUCAUCCCAUGUUUGGAUUAACUCUAAACGGUCUUGCUAAUUAUUAUAAAGCAAUUGGAAAUUAUUUUAAAGCAUUUGUUUUUUAUCGUAAGGUGCUCAAAUGUUGUCGGAAUGAUAAGUUUAAUCGGGCUAUAACUAUGCUAAAUAUUGCUACGCUUAUAUUCAAAAAUCAGUAUAGAAAUGCCUUAAACUUAUGCGCUUCAGCACUGGCCGACUUAUACCGUGUUCGAGGUAAUAUAACUAAAGCAAUGUCGUUCUGCAACAAUCAACUGUCGCUUUAUGAUGCGCAUCUGAGCGAAAACCAUCCAAAUUUGGCACCCCCCAACAGCAGACGAACGG